AUGCAAGCAGGACAUAUGCUCAUGUCAUGCAUUAUUGAGCUUACACGCAAUGAUAUUGCAACUUGCUAUUUCGGAGCUUUCAAUAAGAAGAAAGCUGAAGAGUUCUUCGAGAAUAAGGAUAAUGCAAUUAUCGGAGUUGCCUUCGGAAAUGAAGGUGAAGACAGGUGGAUCGAAUCGGUUGUCAAAUGGAUGGGUUCUUGGCGUGGAUCAAAUCAGUUCCAAGAUAAGUUUUACGACAUGAAAGUAAAUGACACAAUUAAGUUCGAAGCAGUAGGAGAUAGAAAGACUAUCUGCACAGGAAUGAACAAAAUUCCAUGUGUUAUGAAACCGCAUUCAUAUAGAAUUAUAUUCGAUGAACCUAACAUACACAUAUACUGUGCUGAUUUUGGUACAGGUAUGUAUUCUAACUCUGGAACGUUUGACAUCGGAAAUAUAAUGGCAACAAUACAAGCAUAUUAUGAGGCAAAAGGAAACAAAAUCGUCUUUGAGGAAAGAAGUAUUUAUCCUGCUUGUCCAUUUAAAGGAGGAGAAUAUGUAAUAACAGCCCAAAUUUUAUAA